AUGGGCUACACAAAGUAUCUUGCCAAGAGACCACCUCCUUCGGCAAAGUUUGAGUUUGUUUCUUAUUACAUGGUUGGGCCUCUAGCUGCUAUUUUGUCAGAAGGGAUCGGGACUGAUGAUAUGGAUUGUUCUUCGGACAGGGCAUUUGGCAUCGUUCUCUACUUCCUCAGCGCAACACUUUCGUUUCACUUCGUCUACGACAAGCGCGCCAUGAAACAUCCGAAGUUCCUACGUAACCAGAUUUCCAUGGAGAUUGCGCAAGCCGUGAAUGCAAUGCCCGUGAUGGCAGCCCUCACUGUUCCAUUCUUCCUAGCUGAAGUCCGCGGAUACACAAAGCUGUACGAUUUCUCCAGCCAAGCGCCUUUUCCGCUUUAUACAUACCUCCAAUAUCCUAUCUUCAUUGCGUUCACCGACUUCGGAAUCUAUUGGAUUCAUCGUGGAGAGCAUCACCCCAAGGUCUACAAGCAUCUACACAAGCCCCAUCACAAGUGGAUCAUCUCGACUCCAUUUGCCAGCUACGCCUUUCAUCCGCUGGAUGGGUGGGCGCAGAGCCUGUCAUACCAUGUCUUUCCUAUCAUAUUCCCUCUCCAGAAGGUCGCCUACCUGGGUCUGUUUAUCUUUGUGACGAUCUGGACUGUUAUGAUCCAUGAUGGAGAGUAUGCCCUUGACUCACCUGUUAUCAAUGGCUCCGCCUGUCAUACUAUUCACCACUACUAUUUCAAUUACAACUACGGCCAAUUUCUGACCAUCUGGGACCGUAUCGGAGGAAGCUAUAGGAAGCCGAACCGAGAGCUUUUUGAUCGCGAAGUGCGGAUGACUCAGAAAGAAAUCAAGAAACAGGUCGAGGAGAUGGAAAAACUUGUUCAGGAGAUUGAAGCCACCAACACUAUGCAUUUCAUUAAGCGCACCGGCCGCGCCCUAUUCGCAAAUUCUGCGAAACAAUUCUCGACAACCUCCCGUCGCCAAUUAUCAGGCCUUAAGAUCAACCACAACCGACUAUGGGAAACGUUGCACGAAACGUGUGAAUGGGGCGCGGCUCAUAGAUACGGCAAGAAUUCCACAGAUACCGGCAUGGCUCGUCUAACCCUGACCGAUGCCGACGCGAGUGUGCGCCGCUGGCUUGAUGAUGAGGUCAGAAAGCUGGGUUGCACACUCCAUGUGGACCAGAUGGGCAAUAUGUUCGCAAGACAGAAAGGUCGUCUGAACUCGUCGGCGCCUAUGAUCGCCAUGGGCAGUCAUUUAGACACACAACCGCGUGGCGGUCGGUAUGAUGGAAUUCUUGGUAUAAUGGCGGCAUUGGAGGUACUGCGGACUAUGAAGGAGAAUGGGUAUCAGACGAAUUACGAUGUCGGUUUGGUUAAUUGGACUAACGAGGAAGGAGCUCGGUUCCCCAAAUCUAUGUGCUCCUCUGGCGUAUGGGCUGGCGUAAUCCCCAUUGAGCAGGCCUGGAACCUUCAAGAUAUCCAUGAUCCCAACGUGACACUCCGUUCGGAAUUAGAACGACACGGAUACCUGGGAGACAUCCCCUGUUCACCUGAGGGCUUCCCCCUUGGCGCACACUUCGAGCUGCACAUCGAGCAAGGUCCUAUCCUCGUGGAAACCGGCCGGUCGCUAGGUGUAGUCCAAGGCGCCCAGGGAUAUAGAUGGCUAACCUUCACCGUGUACGGACGAGAUGCGCACACGGGCACGACGCCCUUCAGCGCUCGUCAGGACCCCCUACUCGCCGCAUCUAAGAUGAUUGCCGCAUCGAAUGAGAUUGCAAAGCAACAUGGGGCGCUGGCAUCCACUGGCGUACUCAAGAUACCUUCUAAUGCAUCUACGAACACUGUUGCUUCGCAAGUAACGUUCACCUUGGACAUCCGACAUCUCGAGGAUGAAGUGGUGCACGCUGUGCAGAAGGAAUGUCUUGAAUCCUUCGCUAGCAUCGCAAAGCAAGACGGGAAGGGUGUUUCGUUCGACUGGACGAUAGAUACGGAUUCUGCUGCUGUCAAGUUUGACAAGGACUGCAUUGGUGCAGUUCGCACUGCCGCUGACGAGCUUGUUGGCGCUGGACAAUACAUGGACAUUACCAGCGGUGCUGGACAUGAUACUGUGAAUACUAGUAGACAUUGUCCCUCGACUAUGAUCUUCGUUCCGUGCCGCGACGGGGUCAGCCAUCAUCCGGAGGAGUAUUGCCGCCCUGAAGAUUGUGCUUUGGGGACUCAGGCUUUACUUGAAGCGGUUGUUAACUACGAUCAAGCUCGGAUGAAGAAAGAUGCCAAUGCAUAG